AUGGUGCACUACCGUAGCACGCGCGGCGGCGUCCGCGGCCUCAGCUUCGAGCAGGCGGUGCUCACGGGUCUGGCGGCCGACCGCGGCCUGCUGGUGCCCGAGGCCGGCGAGUUCCCGACGCUGCCGGCCGAUGCGCUGGACAAGUGGGCGUCGCUGUCGUACCAGGAGCUGGCCGUGGAGGUCAUGGGCCUGUUCAUCGACGAGAGCGAGAUCUCGCGCGCCCAGCUGCGCGCGCUCGUGGCCAAGAGCUACAACUCGAGCACGUUCCGCGCCGAGGAGGUGGCGCCCGUGGUCAAGGUGACGGACCAGAUGCUGGUGCUCGAGCUGUUCCACGGCCCGACCUUCGCCUUCAAGGACAUCGCGCUGCAGUUCCUGGGCAACCUCUUCGAGUUCUUCCUGCAGCGCAAGAACAAGGCGGGCGCCCCCAAGCACCAGAUCACGGUGGUGGGCGCCACGUCGGGCGACACGGGCAGCUCGGCUAUCUACGGCCUGCGCGGGAAGGAGAACGUGGAGGUGUUCAUCCUCUUCCCGGAGGGCCGCGUGAGCGCCAUCCAGCAGCGCCAGAUGACCACGGUGCUGGACGAGAACAUCCACAACGUGGCCGUCAAGGGCACGUUCGACGACUGCCAGGCCAUCGUCAAGGACCUGUUCGCCAACGCCGAGUUCAAGGCCAAGUACCACCUGGGCGCCGUCAACUCCAUCAACUUCGCGCGCAUCCUGGCGCAGAUCGUCUACUACGUCUGGGCCUACUUCCGCGCCCGCGAGCAGGGCGUCACCGGCGAGGUCGCCUUCUCGGUGCCCACGGGCAACUUCGGCGACAUCCUCGCCGGCUUCUACGCCAAGAAGCUGGGUGUGCCCGUUGGCAAGCUCAUUGUGGCCACCAACGAGAACGACAUCCUGUACCGCUUCUUCUCCACGGGCAAGUACCACCGCCGCGACAUCGAGCACACCAUCUCGCCGUCCAUGGACAUCUGCGUGUCCAGCAACUUUGAGCGCUACCUCUUCGCGCUGAGCGGCGAGAACCACGACGUCCUGCGCGGCUGGAUGCAGGGCUUCGAGCAGACGAACGAGCUCACGAUCUCGGGCGAGCUGCUCACCAAGGCACAGAACGAGAUGGCCUCGUACGCUGUGCUGCAGGACGAGGUGUGCUCCACCAUCGCCGAGUAUAAGAAGGUGCACCGUUACCUCUACGACCCGCACAGCGCCAUUGGCGCCGCUGCUGCCAUGCACUACGGCCAGGACGCGCUCGCCGAUAAGCCCGACUCGGCUGUGGUUGUCGUGGGUACUGCUCACUACGGCAAGUUCCUGCCCGUCGUGUCGAAGGCGCUUGGCGUUGCUGAGACUGAGAUCCAGCAGCACCCGAUCCUGAAGUCGCUCGAGUCGCUCCCCACCCGACUAGCGGUUGCCAACAACUCGAGCGCCACCGUUGCCGAGCACAUUCGCAAGACUAUCGCGAAGAAGAACCAGAAGGCCUGCAGCAACUGCUUCAGCCUCUGGGCAUCCGCUCCCACCGAGUGCAAGCUGGCUACGUUUGCGCUUGCUGCUGCCACCGUCGCCGCCGCGUUCUUGGUGGCACGUCGUUCCAAGUAA